AGAAAACUAAAAAAAAAAGAAAAAUCGAGCAGUUUUUGUGAUCUGCCAAUUGCAUAUCAGUAACCAGAGCUUAUCUUGAAUUCAGAUACGACAGUAACCUUUCGCAUGUUGUGCUCAGGAAGAGUAUAUAAAGGAUAUUGAAAAUGUUUGCCCAAAGAUAGUAAUUGUUUUGGAUUCAAGGUUCAAUUUUAGUAGUUUUACUAUUCAAUUCCCUCUCUUGCUUUCUCUUCAUAAUUUUUUUCUCUUUUUCUUUUGAUUAAGAUGCAAUCUAGUGUUUAUCACAAUCCUCACCGUGUCUCUCAUCAAGGUGUACUUCGUGGACCUAGACCACUUCAACAAACCACAAUUUACACCCCGAGACAGCCUCGAAAACCAUUGCUGAUCAGAGUUCCGCCUUCAAAAAAGGUCCCUGAAUCCCAUCCUCCUCAACAUUAUAAUUAUCCACCACCAAGACCUGUUGAACGACGAGCAUCUAAAACUGAACUCGAUCAAACGGAGCAAUCCUGUCAAGAACCUCAAUACAAUAAAAAAUUGCCUGUUCAACCAGAGCCUCAGACUUGCACACAUCAAAUACCGCUACAUUGUUAUUCGUCAGAUGAAGACGAGGAGGAUGAGUUGGAUGAUGAAAUUAUUCUUCGAGAUUUGAGUUUAUCACGUAAAAAGAGUGUACAUGAUAUCACGAUUUCAGACGAUGAGGAUGACGAGGAUGAACAGGAAGUACCUAAACCAACAGAGCUUCAUCAAACAAAAACAAAUACCCAUAAAAGCGAUUUACCGCCUAUACCCGUGAUUGUUGCUCCUGAUUCUCAAGAUAACAAAGAUACCACUAUGCCGCAAAUUCCUACUAUCUGUGCUCCGGGUGGAUUUUCUGAUGACGAGGAUACGAUACCCAAAAAAGUACCUGAAAAGAAGCAUAACAAGAUCCUUAGUUCUAUUUUCUUUGGUAUUCGUUGUGAUGGAUGUGAAGAACCUUUAAGUGGACAAGCCAUCACAACAUCAGGCAAGCACUGGCAUACACAUUGUUUUCAAUGCCAAGCAUGCCAUCAAAAUCUAGAGCAUAUUGCAUUUUACGAAAAGGAGGGACUUCCUUAUUGUGCGUUGGAUUACCAUGAACUCUUCAGUCCACGUUGUGAUUUUUGCAAGACACCUAUUGAGGAGCAUUCGAUUUCUGCUCUGGGGAAAACGUAUCAUCCAGGCCAUUUUUUCUGUCGAGAAUGCGGUAAACCAUUCGAUGAAGAAACUACCUUUUUAGAACAUGAAGGACAUGCUUAUUGUGAAAAAGACUACUACAAGCAGUUUGGCAAAAAGUGUCGUGGCUGUGAAGAGAUCAUUACAGGCGAUUUUUUGGUAGCUUUAGGUGCUGACUGGCACAAGGAAUGCUUUGUAUGUGCAGAUUGCGGUGGUACAUUUACUUCUUCUACUUUUCUGAUUCGAGCAGGAAAACCCUAUUGUGAAGCACAUUACGAUAAACAAGCGUCUGUAGCAUCUAGAAGAAAAGUCAAUCCUAAAUCAACACGUAUGGUUCUCCCUGUAUUUGAUUUAUUACCUGAUAUUAAACCAACAACACCCAAAGAAGAGAAAAAAAUAUGUCAUCAAUGUCACAACACAAUUCAGGGUAGAAACUUAAGUGCCUUUGGCUAUGAUUAUCAUCCUCUGCAUUUCCAAUGUUCCCAGUGUGACAAGAUACUUUCCGCUCGAUUGACAGGCCUUUAUCAAGCAACUGAGAGCAAUGAGAUUGUAUGUAAACCUUGUGCUAGAAGGAAUAAUAAACCUUUAUAAUACGUCAUGUUCAUAAACGCAAUAGACGUGGCUUGAACGUCUCCAUAUUUAAAAAAAUGGGUUCAAUGCCCGUCAGCCAUUCUUUUCUCUCUUUCUUUUAUCGUUAUUAUGGC